UCGCAGCUGUCACUACGGGCUUGGGAUCAGUUGGACGACGGAAUGCAGCAGCUGAUCAGAGUGGCGCGGACGUUGGGUCAACGACCGAGCGGCGCAUGGAGUGUGCGGAGUAUGGCAGCCGGAGACCGUCGAAUCGCCUGCCUAGCCGCGCUCUCUGAGACCCACCAAAUUCUACAGAAGACUUGCCGGGAGUUCGCCAAUGCGGAACUGGCCCCUAAGGCCCGGCACCACGACCGGGAGGAGCUCUAUCCUGCGGAACAGGUCCGACGGUUGGGGGAACUUGGUUUGUUGGCAGUGGCUGUAAAGGAAGAGUACGGUGGAUCCGGACUCGACUACCAGGCCUACGCGAUUGGCAUGGAGGAGGUGGCUCGCGGUGAUGCAGCCGUAUCUAUUGUAAUGGGAGUAAAUAAUCUGUACCUCGGUGCAGUGCAGCAGCACGGAACAGAGCAGCAGAAGCAGGAUUUUCUGGUACCGUACACCCAGGGAAAGCACAUAGCCUUCUAUGCAUUAUCUGAGCCAGGAAACGGUUCAGAUGCUGGAGCGGCAAGCACAACGGCGAAGUUGGAUGGGGAUAACUACAUACUGAACGGUACUAAGGCAUGGAUAUCCAAUUCCAAGGAAGCCAGCGGUGGAAUCAUUUUCGCCACGGUGGAUAAGGCUCUGAAGCACAAGGGGAUCACUGCCUUCCUCACGCCCAAGGAUGUUUCAGGACUUUCCAUAGCCAAGAAAGAGAGUAAGAUGGGCAUGCGGGCCACUUCGACUUGCCAGCUGGUUCUGGAGGAUGUCCCUGUGCCGCGAUCUCGCGUCCUUGGAGCUCCAGGCGAUGGUUUUAAGAUAGCCAUGCAGUCCCUGGACUGUGGAAGAAUAGGAAUCGCUGCCCAGGCCACGGGCAUUGCACAAGCUGCUCUGGAACUAGCUGUUGAUUAUGCGCAGAAGAGGGUGGCCUUCGGGAAGCAACUGGCUCGGAUGCAGCUCAUCCAGCAGAAGCUAGCCGACAUGGCCACUAGGGUUGAGACCUCUAGGCUUCUCACGUGGCGCGCUGCCUGGCUGAAGGACAAUGGAUUGCCCAUCACCAAAGAGGCGGCCAUGGCAAAGUUGCACGCCUCUGAGGCCGCCACCUUCUGUUCCCACCAGUGCAUCCAAAUCUUGGGUGGAAUGGGUUACACAACGGAUCUGCCUGCGGAGCUGUACUACCGCAACGCCCGCGUCACUGAGAUUUACGAGGGAACCUCGGAGAUCCAAAGGAUAGUCGUGGCCAAUGCUGUUCUCCGGGAAUUUGGCGGGGAGUGAUAUUAUUGUUUUUCUAAGUUAUUGUUGGCAUACAUAUCAGAAUUCUUGCAUUUAUUCUCAUAUAAGAAAAACUUGUUAAGUUGCUUAAUUAGAAUUAUAAAAUGUUUUUAAUAUCUUA